AUGGCUAAUCCAAAUCGUGAAAGUGUUAGCACUCGUUUUUCGGAUAAUUAUGAUCUUAAAGAAGAAUUAGGAAAAGGAGCAUUUUCAAUAGUAAGACGUGCUGUUCAGAAAUCGACAGGGUUUGAAUUUGCAGCUAAAAUUAUCAACACCAAAAAACUUUCGGCUAGAGAUUUUCAGAAGUUGGAGCGCGAAGCCCGAAUUUGCCGAAAAUUACAGCAUCCUAAUAUUGUAAGACUUCAUGAUUCUAUUCAAGAAGAACAUUUUCACUACCUCGUUUUUGAUUUAGUAACUGGCGGAGAAUUGUUUGAAGAUAUUGUAGCUCGGGAGUUUUAUUCUGAAGCCGACGCAUCUCACUGCAUUCAGCAAAUUUUAGAAUCUGUACAUCACUGCCAUCACAAUGGAGUAGUUCAUAGAGAUCUCAAACCGGAAAAUUUAUUGCUUGCAAGCAAAGCAAAGGGUGCUGCUGUUAAACUUGCUGAUUUCGGUUUAGCCAUUGAAGUACAAGGUGAUCAACAAGCAUGGUUUGGUUUUGCUGGUACCCCAGGUUACCUGUCACCUGAAGUACUAAAGAAAGAACCAUAUGGUAAACCUGUGGACAUUUGGGCGUGUGGAGUCAUUUUAUAUAUAUUGCUCGUUGGGUAUCCACCAUUUUGGGACGAAGAUCAACACCGAUUAUAUGGACAGAUUAAAGCUGGAGCAUACGAUUACCCAUCACCUGAAUGGGAUACAGUAACGCCUGAAGCGAAAAGUCUUAUAAACCAAAUGUUAACUGUGAAUCCAAGCAAAAGAAUCACAGCUUCUGAAGCUCUUAAGCAUCCGUGGAUAUGUCACCGCGAACGUGUUGCUUCUGUUAUGCAUAGACAGGAGACAGUGGACUGUUUGAAGAAGUUUAAUGCUCGUCGCAAAUUGAAAGGAGCCAUUUUGACAACUAUGCUUGCCACUCGAAACUUCUCUGGAAAAUCCAUGGUCAACAAAAAAGGCGAUGGAUCACAAGUAAAGGAAUCGACUGAUAGUAGUACAACUUUGGAGGAUGAUGAUUUAGAUAAAGAUAAGAAAGGCGUUGAUAGAGCGUGUACAGUCAUAUCUAAGGACCAUGAAGAAGAAGGGCUUACUAAAGCAGACUCAUUUGGAAAAACUCGUGGUGAUAGCAACGCAUCAUUACGUCGUGCGGAAGUGAUAAAAGUUACUGAAGUGCUUAUAGAUGCCGUAAAUAACGGUGAUUAUGAUACUUAUUCUAAACUCUGUGAUCCUAAUGUAACUGCGUUUGAUCCCGAUGCAUUAGGGAAUUUGGUGGAAGGGGUGGAAUUCCACAAAUUCUUUAUUGAUAAUACUCCUACACACGUUAAGACAAAUACGACAAUUUUAAACCCGAGGGUGCAUUUGCUUGGUGACGAUGUAGCAGUUAUAGCUUACGUCUGUUUAACGCAAAGUGUUGAUGCCGAAGGACGACGUGAAACUCGCCAAUCUCAGGAAACUCGCAUAUGGCACAAACGCCAUAACAAGUGGAUAGCUGUUCAUUUUCAUCGCUCCUAA